CCACGCUGUCAGCGUUCAGUCAAGGAAGCUCGUUAUUUCUGUGGCUUCAAAAUCUCACCAGUGCUUCAUAACAGCUAGUUAUUUAUUCUCCAGCCUCAUUAACAGCGACUAAUUAAGGUGUUUAGAUUAAUUCGAGAGAUUAUAUCUGAGUUUUACGCGUGGUUUUCGAGCUCUGGAUCUGCGUAGAUAAAGGCCAGACUCUCAGGAUCUCGGCCUCUGCGAGAGGCUUUUUUAUUUUUGUACAGAUGUUUGCAGAUGUUUGGCACUUAAAUGCAGAGCCCUGAUUGGACGCUCCAUGACGUGCUGUGAGACCAUGACACUGAGGAACAUCACUGGGGAUCUCCUGCACCGGCAGAUCAGGGAGAACAGAGCGCUGGACUUCCAGAGGCACUAUCAUGUCACUGACCCGUUUAUCAAGCGCUUGGGGCUGGAGGCCGAACUACAGGGUCACUCUGGCUGUGUCAACUGUCUGGAGUGGAAUGAGAAAGGAGAUCUGCUGGCGUCAGGUUCAGACGAUCAGCACGCCAUCAUCUGGGAUCCUUUCAGACACAGUAAACUGAUCACUAUGCACACGGGACACGCCGCUAACAUCUUCUCCGUCAAGUUCCUCCCACACUCUGAGGACCGGAUCUUGAUCACAGGAGCUGCAGACACUAAAGUGCAUGUUCACGAUGUGACGGCAAAGGAAACGAUCCACAUGUUCUCUGAUCACACGAACAGAGUGAAGCGCAUCGCUACUGCCCCCAUGUGGCCAAACACCUUCUGGAGCGCCGCUGAGGACGGACUCAUCAGGCAGUAUGAUCUGAGAGAGAGCAGCAAGCGCUCUGAUGUUCUGAUCGAUCUGACAGAGUUUUGUGGUCAGCUCGUGGAGGCCAAAUGUCUGGCUGUAAACCCUCGAGACAACAAUUACCUGGCGGUCGGAGCCAACGGACCCUUCGUGCGGCUCUACGACAUCAGGAUGAUCCACAAUCACAGGAAGUCUCUGAGUCAGAGUUCAACGGCCGGCGUUCACACAUUUUGCGAUAAGCGGAAGUCGAUACCAGACGGCGCUGGACAGUAUUAUGUUGCAGGUCAUUUACCUGUGAAGCUUCCGGACUACAAUAACAGAUUACGAGUUCUGGUGGCGACUUAUGUUACGUUCAGUCCUGACGGCACCGAGCUGCUGGUCAACAUGGGUGGAGAACAGGUGUAUUUAUUCGAUCUGACGUUCAAGCAGAGGCCGUACACUUUUCUGCUGCCCAAAAAGUGCCAUUCGUCAACAGACGUACAGAACGGGAAAACCACUAAUGGUGUCUCCAAUGGGAUUCAUCUGCCGGCCAGCCGACUUAAACUGGCCAAAGUCUCCAGUGGCUCUGGCGAUCUCCCUCUUCACCUAGAGAGGAUAAAGCAGCAAGCGAACGAUGCAUUUGCGCGUCAGCAAUGGACUCAAGCCAUUCAGCUCUACAGUCUGGGCAUCCAUGAGGCCGGACCCAACGCCAUGCUGUAUGGGAACCGCGCCGCCGCUUACAUGAAGCGGAAGUGGGAUGGAGAUCACUAUGACGCGCUGCGGGACUGUCUGAAGGCCUUGUCUCUGAACCCGGGCCACCUGAAGGCUCAUUUCCGUUUAGCACGCUGCCUCUUUGAGCUGAAGUACGUGGCCGAGGCUCUGGAGUGUCUCAAUGACUUCAAGGGCAAGUUCCCUGAGCAGGCGCACAGCAGCGCUUGUGACGCCCUCGACAAAGACAUCAAGGCGGCGCUCUUCUCCAAAACAGACGCCUCGGACGACAAGAAGGGGAACAGUUCGAUCCGCUUCCAUAAUUUCAGCCGGAAGGAGUCGAUCCCGGAGGAUGAGAUCGUCCUCAGAGAGAGAAGCUUCGACUAUAAGCAUCGCUACUGCGGACACUGCAAUACCACCACUGACAUUAAGGAGGCAAACUUCUUUGGAAGUAAAGGCCAGUACAUUGUAAGCGGUUCAGACGACGGCUCGUUUUUCAUCUGGGAGAAAGAGACGACGAAUCUGGUGCGGAUCUUACAAGGAGACGAGUCUAUAGUGAACUGCCUGCAGCCGCACCCUGGACACUGUUUUCUGGCCACCAGCGGCAUCGACCCCGUGGUGCGGCUCUGGAGCCCCAGACCUGAGUGUGAGAAUGAGAACGGCCGUGUGGUGGAGGACAUGGAGGGCGCCGCGCAGGCUAACCAGCGGCGCAUGAACGCAGACCCGCUGGAGGUGAUGCUGCUGAACAUGGGCUACAGAAUCAGCGGUCUGAGCAGCCGCGGGGCCGAGGGGUCGGAUGAGGAGGACAGCUCUGAGGGUCAGGUCCAGUGCCGCUCCAGCUGAACACACACACACUACACAUUUACUGCGCAAUUCAGCUCGCGACGCCGCACGAACCAAUGCUGCCGCUCCGCACUAUGCAGAAGUCUGGAGAAGUGUGUUUCCCCCUCGCACAAUACAGUCCAUGCACCUGCGGAUCAACAUCUGCAACAAAACACAAGCUUUGGUGUCGCGUAGAGCUCGUUUGUAGUGUCGUUCAAGGAUUAAUCGUGACUAAUAACGUGCAAAAUAAAUAAAUUAGCAUUUACAUAAUAUAUAUGCACAGUAUACACAGUUAUUAUGUAUUUAUAAAUGCACACAUCCCUAUAUAUUUAUAUUGAAUUUGUAUAUAAAAAUUAUGUACAUGAAUAAUAAUAUAUAUGUAAAUAUCU